CUAGCAGCCAGCGAUUGUUUUCACAAAGCCUAGGCCUUAUCCGCACCAAACUACAUCACACAACUAAAACAUUUAGCCUACAUUCUUAUUAAUGAUCACUAUUGUUAAACAAUAAAACUAAUUCAGUUGUAUGAAAAUAGGUUAACUGCUGCAUAAGAACUUAGCCCAAUACAUUUGACUUUUUCUUUAAUUAUAUAAUGGAAAAUCAAGUGUCUGCCAAUGAUUUAAGAGGUCCAGAUAUUCCAUCCAUGGUUUGUGAUUUUAAGCAAGAAAUGGAUUUAAAUGAAAAAUUUGAGGAACCAAAUAAAAUGUAUGUGUGUCAUUUGUGUGAUUUUCGCACAGCUUUUCGUAAUAGUCUCCUAAACCACCAAGCUGUACAUUCAGAUUAUAGGCCAUGGGUUUGUGCAAUGUGUGAUUAUGCUGCUAAACGUAAGCAAGAUUUAAAGAAACAUUUACACACCAUUCAUGGGGUAAUGGUAGAAUCAACAAUGUUGAGGCCUGUCGGCACUGCCCCAAACUCUACCACCAGUGUUGCUCCAAGAUCCUUAUCAAGAGAGGAAAGCAGUGAAGAUAAUUCAUGGGAUAAUGAAAAGAUUAACAAAACACCAGGCAAUGACUCUUUCAGUGGAAGUGCUUCUCAAACACAUCCUGAAAAUUUGAAAAAUCCCACUGCUUCUGGAAAAUAUGAAACAACUGUGCCAGUGAAAAAGGAGGUAAUUGAAAACAAAUCAAGUAACUCACCAUACCAUUCAGCUCUUCCAAGCAUGUCCAACUUUGUGAAUCACACCUCACGAGAAUCACCAGACAUGGAUUUGCCAGUUUCAUUUUCGUCUGCUUCGGAUAUAAAAUUUCCAUCUAGUCAAACACCUUAUACCCAAGCAGAUAUCCAUGAACAUAUUUUAUUCCCAUCAGAAAAGGAAUAUCUUUUUUCUCCUGACCGCCUUCGUUUGCACAAACCAACGGCAAUACGUGAUUUUGCAGAAAAAUAUCUGUCCUCCUCAGAAUCAACCAGUUCUGGAACACCCAUUCCUAACCAGAAGCAGCUUAGAAAGAGACCUUAUUCAACAUUAUUGGAACCACAGGAUUCGACACCAUCCAAUAAAAACCAUGACACAGAUGAUGCACACCCAUGUAGCAGUUCAACAGCGAAUUCAAGCUUUGCUAAGGGUAAUCAGACCCAACAAACAUUUCUGUGUGAACACUGUGAUAUUAUGUUUUUUCAAAGAGCCAUGUAUCUUAUGCAUGUGGGUCUUCAUUCCCCUGAUAACCCAUGGUGUUGUGCUGUUUGUGGUGGUAUGUUCACAGAAAAGUACAGUUUUACAUCACAUUUUAUUAACCAGCAUUAGUUGCUAUUGUUUUAUUUUGAAGCUUGUAUUUUAAUAACUAUUUUACCAAGUUUUUUUUUUUUAAUAUUGAACAGCUAUUUCAAAAACUGCUACUGUUUAUACAAUAGUUGAUUUUUUGAAAUAAUUAAAUGGAUUUCCUAUAAUUCAUUGAUGGACAAAUAAAGGUUCAUCCAUAAAUCACUUCAACUACUAGGGGGAUCCAGACAGUAUAAGGGGAAGGGUCUAGAAACUGUAGCGCCACACUUUUUUUAUUUUAAAAUGAAAUAUCUAAAACUGAAAGUGGACAGCUAUUUUACAUUUUAAAAAGUCAUUUUUUUAGUUAAUUGUAAUAACAAUUAUUCAGUACGAGCCAACCCGCGGCGUAUCAAACGCCGAUAUUUAGUUGUUUUAUUUUCUACUUUUCAGUAAUUCAUAAUUUGUGAAUUCGACAGUACCAACGCUGCCACUGAAAAUAUUUGCUUUAAAACACUAUCAGUAGCUUGUUAAGGACGA